GUUCGACUGAGCUGGAGGUGGCGCGGAAGAAAGAGCGAGAGCGACAGCGACAACCCCAGCGACACCCAUUUCUGCCCGUUAGGGAAGUCGGGUCACGUGCCGGCGGUGCAUCCAUCAAGCGCCGCCAACCACCACGCAGCCUGACAUGGCGCCUCCAAGCCUGCCAACCAACAAUGGCAGCCCUUGCCUAGGCGACGGAGUGACAAACCCCGUCUGCUCGGUAGCUGAGAUCGACUUCACGCUUCUUCUGGAUUUUCAGCUGUCUGGUCCACGGGCCCGAAGUCCGGACCUUCGCCAUGGGAACCUUGAAAACCGUCGCUCUUGUGAUCCUUGGGAUCUCUGGGUUCGUCUUUGUGGCUCUCUUUGGGAGACUCCCGGCGUUUCGCAAAACCCCUAUUGGGCUACUUCACAGAGCGCUCUGGAUCCACAUCCCCAAUGGGCUAUGGCAUCUGGACGAUCGGUUACUGAAUGGCUGGCUAUUCUACUGCUGGAGCCGCUCCGGGAGCUAUAUCUUACAUGAGAACCACCCGCUUAUCCUGAUAUUCUUCGCCUCGCUUAUGGUAGCAGGGCAGAGCAUGUUUAUCCCCAGCGCGUGGCCUAGAAUUUCUCAAGCUCACCAUUUCUGGAUCCCGAUUCUCGCGGUGCUGCCGUAUGCUUUUCUGUAUGUGAGCAUCACCACCAAGUCAUUCAUCACCCCGAGGAAUCAUGCCGAGGAGAUGGACCGAUAUCCAUAUGACCGGGUGAUCUUUCACCCAGGACACCGUUGCACCACGUGUAACCUCCUCAAGCCGGCCCGCAGUAAACACUGCGGUAUUUGCAAGGCAUGUGUGUCUCGCCAGGACCAUCACUGUGUUUGGCUGAUGAACUGUGUCGGGUUGCACAACUAUCAUUACUUUUUGUCCAUGAUACUUUCGCUAUGCGUCAUGCUUGUUUAUGGCGCAUGUAUUGGAUACAGCCUUCUCUACCAGACUUACGAUGAGUUAAUACCGCCGGACUCGCCCUUGCGUACGAACCGGCAGAGCUGGACCGCGUUCUGCAAUAUCUGGGCGGUGGUCAUCGCGACUGAUAUUCGCAUCGGUGGGAUUACCUUGCUGAUGACAAUGACCGCGCCGCUCGCGGCAGCCUUCCUCGUGUACCACAGCUACCUCAUCUGGGCUGGCAUGACCACGAACGAGAGUGGGAAGUGGUCCGACUGGAAGGAAGAUGUUCACGAUGGCUUGGUCUUCAAAUCCACCAAGAGCGAGGCUUAUGGCAAUUCGCCCCUGUGGGCGGAGUAUCAAAGCUCACAAUCAGCCUGGCCGGUAAGCAGCGACCAGGUGCUUGUCUUGACAGACGGAGAGCCACCGAAGCAAGGACAUUUGAUGUCACCGCACUCCAACGAAAUCCAGCAGCCGAGUGACGGGGACGCCCCCAUUGACCGGCGGUGGGUGGAGGUGCAUAGUAUGAGGGAGAUCGACAACAUCUACGAUCUGGGAUUCUGGAACAAUAUACGCCAUGUUUUUGGGUUGUCGAUCCGGCCGAAGGGCCUGCAAGGACCUGCAAGGACCUGCCAGGCUGCAAGCACCCUCAACAUGGCCGACCGCACCCCCGCGGAGAUCAAGCCAAAAUGCACCCCCGCGGAACUCAUGCUCAAGGUCAUCCUCACGGGGACCUUGAGCCACUAUGAGACCCGCGGCAUGAUCGACGACAAACGCCUGGAACACAUGCUCUCUGCUGGCAAGCAGAUCCUGUACAAGACGCACCAGGAGAGCGACGUGAGACACAACCUGGGCCUGUCACCGGAUAUCUGGCAGGGUUUCACAGACGUUUUGACCAAGGCGAUCCCGGUCCUCGAAUCCCAGUCUUUUGCGUGGAAGAGCCCCCCAACCGCAAAUUACGACCAUUCCUCCUCCAAUCUUAUCGCUUUCAAUUACUUCUCCCUGGUCAAGGACAUCGAGCGCCUAAAUGAUCUAUGCACCAUCGCCCGCAACCUCCUCGCCACGACGAAAAAGGCGCAGAACAUGGCGGCGGAGAAGGGCUUCGAUCAGAGGAUCCUGGCCUUGGUGGACACCUGUGUUAGAGUCACCGCGCGCGGGUUUGACGGGGAAACAAAUGCACGCAACGAGGAGCGGUGGCAAAAGGUCGUCAACCUCUACAAACGCCUCCUGAUCACUUGCUUGCAGUUCCUGCACAACUUCAUCAUGCACAACGAGCAGCGUAAGAUGGUCUUAUGGCUGGACCUGUUCGGAUACCACUCCACCGGCGACUCCAACAUCAUUCAACCCCGCGAGCCCCUCGACCCGACUUGCAGUCAACAGGAGGGAAUGGCGCCCAUCGUCAAGACUGGAGAGAGGAUAGUGAACCCCCCUAUCAGGGCCCUUUAUGAUCAAACGGCGGAGGACCUGCUCCUGGAGACGAUCUCGAACUUCCCGCGCGAGCCGGCGACCAUCAAAGAAGAGGCGGCGAUGCUGCUGCUAGCGAACAUUAAGGAUCACAUGGAAAAGCUUCUCGGGCGCGAUCUGACGGCGAUCCAGGAGAUGGGCAAGGACCCGGAACAGGUGAAGGAGAUCCGCGCAGCUCUGACCGCUAUCCUGGGCGCCAAGGUCGAUGGAUGGUCCGACCUCCAGGACCGCGCAAAAGACCUGCCCCCCGCCCUGCCGGAAGACGAGCCGCCCCGCAAGAAGGCGAUCGUCACGAUCGACCGCAGCGCCACUGCUGGAUUUCCGCGCGUCUGCUGGACCGACCUUCCCGACCUCAGUGAAUAUGGAGCGCUGUCGGGGGGCGAUGCGACCGUGAUGGAGGAAGAUAUGAGCAUGCCACGCUCGGCGCAAUCUGCCGCGGAAACCCUGCAGGAGGCCAAGGACGAGCUGAUGGCGCGACUGCAAGAAAGCUCGCAGAUCGCCGACGGCGAUCAGGACUACGACACGGGUGACGCAGGGACGGUGGGCGACGACGACUCGCGCAGCCUGGAGGCCGUUGCGGACGGAAGCAUGGAGGAAGAAGAGGAAGAUGACGAUGAAGACGAUGACGAUUACCGAGGUCGACCCGGUGACCAACAACGGGGACUUCUGACCGACAUUCCACUGGUCCUGGGUCCUGCCGAGAUCGAGGCCCUGCCGAUGAUUAUCCAGGCCGGUAUCGUGGAUAGCUUCGGACUGAAGGGCGGCGAGAGAAGCGGCUCGCGGAACAUGCAGGCCCUCCGGUGUCAUAUUCUGCUCACGCAGGAAACGGGCCGGAAUCUCCUGCGCGAGCUGUUGAUCUUCAUCGCUGCCUGGGACCUUCCUGACGACGAACUUUACUUCAAGAUGAUGGUCCAGAUCAUGGACGCGGUUCUGCGGAACGGUCUGAUGUCGCACGCCUACUCCGACUUUGGACAACCGAAGGACAUCAUCUCGCCGGCACAGGCGGUCGUGGUCAAGAUCCUCACACACAUCUUCCGGUCGAAGUACUCUCCGGCCUCGGUGACGGGAUCCACGCCAGCCAACACUGCCAAGACCCCAUCGCCGCUGUCGCGGGUCGACAUCCUCACCGUCCGGUACAUCUUCACCAUCUUCCGCGGCAACAUCAUCCCCGAGACGUGCGCCUUGAUAUACCUGCAGGGUCAGAUCCGGGCUGGACGGGCCCUGCCGGAGGACUUCCCGCUGAACCUGUGGGACAUGGAGCGGGUCUACGAGGGUGUCUACCAGUUCCUAGAGUUCUUCGCCGUGCUGACCGAAAACAACGACUGGAAGAACCUCUUGGUCAAGUGGGAGAUCGUGUACGAUCUGGUCACGCUGAUCAAGGAGCUCGAAGCCAGCAUCCCCAAGGGGCAACUCAGCGCUCUCAACCUCGGCCACAACAGUCCCUCCAAGGAACCCCAGCACAUGGCCCCGGCGCCGGUCGCGGUGGAACGGCCCUACGACCCGGGUGACCCGGACCCCGUGGACGCCGGCCCCGGGUCCCGGGCCGAGUCGCCGCCCAUCACGGAAGACCCGUCGGAGUUCGAGUGGCGCAACCUGAAGAAACUGGUCGUUCUCGUCCUGUCGUCCCUCGUGUGGAAGUGCCCCGAGGUGCAGGACCAGAUCCGUCGCUACGGCGGCGUCGAGACCAUCCUCUCGUGCACCAACUUCGACGCCCACAACCCCUACAUCAAGGAGCACGCGGUCAUGUGCCUGAAGUUCCUGCUGGAGGGCAACCGCGAGAACCAGAAGAUGGUCGAGGAGCUGGAGGCGCGGGAGGUCGCGAAAGACGAGGGCGGAAUGCUGGAGCGCAGCGGACUCGAAGCUGUGAUCGACACGGCGGGCAAGCUGGCCAUCCGCACCAGGGACGGUCAGUCCGCGGAGAAGCGCUGAACCGACUUGACGCCACUUCACACCUCGCUGUACAGAGUACUAAAACACCUCCCUCAAAAAUACCUACAUACCUACAUGCAUGCAUACAUAGCCUGAUACCAUAACCCGACGCAAAUACAAUCAAGCAUCAAGACUUC